UGGGGGACGUUUUUCUAACACGGACUGGCCGAAGCUGACAGGAAAGUGGGAUAGGAAAUGUAGGCCCCGCUAGCCUCGGCAAGAGCCGCCGCCGCCGCCGCCCGCUGGGAAGCCUCCUUGGCUUUCUGAAGAACUGAGAAGUGUAAUGGGCAACUCCAAUUUGAAGUGAAAGGAGAAAGAUUAAUGAAAGCUAUGAAGAUACCAAAACCGUUCUAUGCUUUAGCUAUUUUUACAUGUGCUGCUAUUUAUGCUGUAUAUGUGAAAUGGAAUUUGAACUUUAAAACAAAAGAUGCAGAUGACGAUUUGGAAAACCAACUUGAUAGUGAGACAUCAAGAACAGAUCAGGCAGUCCUUUAUGGAAUCAUGUUUGAUGCUGGAAGCACUGGGACUCGAAUACAUAUAUUCCAGUUCAUACAGAAGCCAAAAGAAAUCCCUCGACUAAUCCGUGCCACAUUCAGAGCAAUAAAACCAGGACUCUCUGCAUAUGCUGAUGAUGUUGAUAAGAGUGCUCCAGGAAUAAAUGAGCUACUGGCAGUUGCUAAACAAGUUGUUCCUAUGAAGUUGUGGAAGUCCACCCCUUUGGUCCUUAAAGCAACAGCUGGUUUAAGGCUGUUGCCUGGAGAAAAGGCACAAAAAUUGCUGGAUAAGGUGAAAGAAAUUUUUCAAGAGUCCCCAUUCCUUGUAAGGAAUGACUGUGUCUCUAUAAUGGAAGGAACAGAUGAAGGUAUUUCAGCAUGGAUCACUGUUAACUUUUUAACAGGUAGCUUGAAAACUCCAGGAAAGAUAUGUGUAGGAAUGCUGGAUUUAGGAGGUGGAUCAACUCAGAUCACAUUUCGCCCAAGCACUGAGACAAUUCUGGAGAGCUCAUCCGCUGGUCGCAUCACUUCAUUUCAGUUGCUCAACACCACAUACCAACUGUAUUCAUACAGUUACUUAGGACUUGGAUUAAUGUCGGCAAGGUUGGCAAUUUUAGGAGGAGUUGAAGGACAAGCCUUGAAGGAAGGUGCAGAGCUAACAAGUCCUUGCUUAUCACCUGAUUUCCAAGGAGAAUGGGAGCAUGCCAAGAUAACAUACAAAAUUAAAGGGCAGAAGGCAGGAAAGCCUCUUUUUCAAUCAUGUUUUGAUAAAAUAGCAAAAUUGCUUGCCAAAAAGGUUCACAGGACCAAAGAAGUAAAGGAUAUAGAUUUUUAUGCUUUUUCCUACUAUUACGACUUGGCUGUGGAUGCUAGUUUAAUAGAUAAAGAAAAAGGAGGGACCCUAGCAGUCAGUGACUUUGAUACCUCUGCAAAGAAUGUGUGUAAAACCAUGGAGGUUCAACAAGGAGAGCAUCCUUUCCUCUGCAUGGAUCUUACCUAUGUCAGUUUGCUGCUGGAAGAAUUGGGCUUUCCAAAGAGCCACAUUCUUAAGCUUGCUCGAAAAAUCAACAACACUGAAACCAGCUGGGCUCUGGGAGCAAUCCUUCAGUACAUGGAUUCAGUUCACAAGCUGUAAUAUUAGGGCUUUGGGAGCCUAGAGGAUGUGAUGCCUGCAACACUGCUGAAUCUCAGUGGGUGUAAACCUGAUCAAUUCCUUGAAGAGGAGACUACUGCAAGGCCUAUUGCUAUUAGCGGAUUAUAACUGUAAGAGCAGCCAUAUAUAUAUAUAUAUGGCUUUGGC